AUGAAUAUUAAUAAUCCAUCUGUAGAGAAGACUGCGAUCACAUCCAACAACCAACCUCCGGCCCUCCGACCAACCAGCUGCCUGUCAAUCAACCUCCGGCCCUCCGACCAACCGGCUGCCUGUCGACCAACCUCCGGCCCUCCGACCAACCGGCUGCCUGUCGACCAACCUCCGGCCCUCCGACCAACCGGCUGCCUGUCGACCAACCAGCUGCCUGUCGACCAACCUCCGGCCCUCCGACCAACCGGCUGCCUGUCGACCAACCUCCGGCCCUCCGACCAACCGGCUGCCUGUCGACCAACCUCCGGCCCUCCAACCAACCAGCUGCCCUUCGACCAACCAGGCAUCAACGAGACAUCAGUCAUGGCGUCUCCUGGCCUGCUGCUGAUGUCGUCCUUCCUCUUCCUCUCCAUCGUGAGCGUCUCAGCGUCUCCUGACCACAACCAAGUGGAAGAAGUCACUCAGAAGAAAUUAAACAAAGCGAAGGAAGGGGCUAAAGCUUUCGGCAAGGUUUUGCGUGACAGCAUUGAUAAGAUCAGAUUAACAAGCAUCCCAGGGUUAAAAGGCAGGGUAAACAGGAAAAGACCAAGCCAGCAGCAGCCAAGAGGCAGGGUCAACAGGGACAUAUCAAGCCGCCGGCGUUUUAUAGCCAAAUUUCUCCUGGGAUAAACUUGUUUGAAAUGAGUUUGUUGUCCAAAACGGACACCCCAAAUUUUGUUAAAUGCUUUUGUUUGAAGUCUUACCUAAUAAUCAGACUGAAUGUGUGUUUAAUGCCCCCUAAACCAUUCCAACAUCCACGUCAUGACAUGUGGACACUUGGCAUCACUUUGUAACACUCUGGGAAGCCCUAUAGUGUAACCUUUGAAUGCUAAAAUUAGGUGUAGCAUACAAAAAACAGAAAAGACAGUAAGCAGAUGGUUGGGGUGUACAAGUGGCGCAGAGACUAUCACCCAGGAGACCAAAAAGUCAAAACUGAUUGCUUUUAGUUAAGUUACAUAAGUAACGUUUGUUUGCGUUACUUGCGUAACUUUAAAUCCUGAACAUAGCCAAUUAGUUUUGGUGCCUAAACCGAACCAAACUGCAACAUUUCACAAUAUUAAGUUUUUAUUCUCAAAGUCUAACCGUACGUUACUUAUUUGUUAUUGCUAACUUGACUGCGGAGCCCUACGAGUCCAAAAACGUGUUACCCAGGGUGUUAAAAAGCAACGCAAAGAGUCUUGACCAAGUGUCCACAUGUGAGGUGUUGGGAGUGACAAUGUUUAAAUUGCCUGCUUGUUAUCAGUUUUCUGCAGAGCCCCAGUAGAAAAGAAAAAAACUAAACUCAGCAAAGGCCUUGACAUCAGUCUAGAUGAAACGGUGACAAACAAACAAACAUUAUUCCUAUUAAACAAAGCUGAGUGUGGGAGCUCAUUUCAUGGAGUUGACUUCUCUGAUAGCUAGCUUGGUGUGUCUGACUGCAGCAACUGUUAAUGUAAAAACUUCAGAACAACAUGUUUCUCUGAUAGACAGGUGUGAGUAAGAACCUCAGUCUAAUGCUCCCAUCUGUGAAAUAUACAGAUUCAUUAGCUAAGUUAUUACAUCAUCAGCUGCUAGGCAGAGUUUAGCUGCAACGCAAACUGCUAAGUAGAGCGAGCCUCUGUCCACAGACAGGAGGGACGUCGUUUCUUCAUACAAUCACAUUAAAGAGGUGGUAUUCUGCUUUUUGGCUUUUCCCCCUCUCUUUUAUUGAGUUAUAAACCUUUUUUGUGCA